CCAAAAUUUUUCCACCAAACAUUUCCAACAUUUAUGUAUAAAUUCAGCAAAUGCCUAAUAACUCACAAAUGAUUACAAUGAAGCGAAAAGCAGUGGUGUUUUGUGCCUUGUUAUUGAGCACUUUUGGACACGAGCUUUUAAAUCGUCAAAAACCAUCCCAUGCUCUUUUAUCGCGUGUCCAUUCUAAAGAAGAAUGCCGUCUCGAAUGCAUACCAGAUUCAGGAAACUCAUCGAAUUUGCAAAUUUUUAUCAACACAACUACAAAUUUAGUGGCUGUGGCUAGUACUAAAACCGAAGUUGCGUUAAUUCUGGAUGUAAAUUCGGGAUUGGUCGGUCUGUUUAAUGCAAUUUCUCAUUCGGUGAUAAUAAUUAAUAUUGAACGAAGCACCAGAGUUGCAUUUUCUCAAAAUUCUACAUGGAACAAGUCUGAAACUUUCCAACAAUACUUUCAAACUCUAACUUCGUUAAAAAUUUUAUACGAACAAGGGGAACAUCAAGGCGAAAAGUUUUCCGAUAGUAAUAUUACACAAGAAAUUGCGAUACAAAUAACUUUCGUUUUAAAAAUUCUAACGUCUGAUAAAUAUUCGAUUCAAGUUAAAGAAGCAUUAGAGGUGCUUGUUGAUGUUUCAAAAAAUUUGCUAAAAUCUUUGAGAGAAGUCACCGAAAUUGUAAAAAGUCAAGUUAUUAAUACAAACCUUGAAAUAAAAGAAUUAAUUGGAAUUGUGAACGGUUUAGCUAGUUUUGUAAAACGCCUAAACGGAGGCAUUUCUCUUUUAACAAAACGAGAAAUAAGACUCGACUUGGACAUUAUUAUAAAUUCUAAAACCGCAAUAGAUGUUUUCCUUUACAUUUUACUACAACUGAAAUCGAGUAAAUUACGUUUGAAUGAAGUUCUACGUGAUGGGUUUGACUCACCUCAAGGCUUUUUUUUCCUAAUUGCAAAAUUAGGAGGAAAUUCUACACGCGGCAUCAAUGGGAUUUUGACAAUACUUUCAAAAAUAAUCGCUUUGAAUCAACGAACUUCCAUUGAGUCUGUUGUUAUCGCUCUGAUACAAUUUUUUGGUAAUUCAAAUGGCAAAAAUUUUGGUAAAGAAUGGCAAACUACGAUCGAAAAUUUAUCACGUACUAUUAAACAACUUCACUUGAAUGAUAUUCUAAAAAAAGUCGUGAAACAACUCCAGGAUAUUCGCAACGAAAAAUGGACCGAAAAUCACGUUAACUUAUCCAAAAUCGUUAAAAUUUUAACUAAUGCUUCAACCCCAAUUGAUUCAAUUGUUAAAAUUCUUGCAAUUCUUCAAAAAGUUGUUCCGAUUAAUGUUUCGCUCCCUUUCUUGUUAAUCGAAUUUGUGCGUCUUUUAACGACGAAAACUGGACUUGAACUUAUUGUUGCUUUAAUACCGCAAAUUAAAACCAACACGAAAACUUCAAAGAGUGAAAUUCUUCGAAGCAUUUUGCGUGCUAUUGAUAUCAAAAAUUCGGGUAAUAUCGGUAAAGCAUUAAAAAAUGUACCAAUAGUUGAAACAAUUUAUUCGGAACUUGAAAAAUCGGUGAAUAAAGAAGCCCACUUGGAACUAAAUGUUGUCAUUGGAGAAAAAGCUUCAAGACACGUUUUAUUGGAGAUACGAAGGAUUUUGAUUAAAGCCAUUCGUGACGAAAGUGAAAAUGAUAAUAGUGGUCACUCGAGCUUAGAAAACGGCCACCAACACUCAAAAGAACAUGGAAAAGUUAAACAAAACGGAAAAAGCCACUAAUUUACAAUACAAAAAUGUAAAAAUGUAAUAAAUAAUGAAUGAGUA